AGCUUGAUUUUUGCACAAGCUGAAGUUGCAGAGUCAUGAGUGUUUCGUCCUCUGUGGGUUUGUUGGUCUAACUGUGUGUCCGUGGGUUGUGUGUGUUAACCGGAUAGUUCAUAGUGGGAACCAUGCAGUGCUGGUACAUUGCAGCUGCUCUUCUGUGGACAGCAGUAGCCACAGAGGGAAGAGCCGUCCCAUCACUUCCAAACUUCGGAAAGGCCUAUCAUGUCAAAGGGGUGAUCUCUCUGCCCUAUGCUGAGAUCAAGGAGCCAUUUGAGGCCUGGCUAGACCUGGCAGCGAAGUCCAGCAGAAUAGAUUAUUACCAUGGCCAAGUAUCUACGUACCAGCUGGGCUCGGAGCAGCAGUGGGGCACCUCUUAUAAAAUCACACCUGAGACCACAGAGGUAGAGCUGAACGUCAUGAAGUGCUUUCAGGUCAAUGGAACAAAGGAUGAACCAGUCACACCACAGGCAUCGCUGCCAGACGUGCAGGGUUUCCAGUUCCUAAGAAUGGAGUACUAUGGAGGCUCGCUGUGUGAGGUUUGGCAGAAUGUGACCACCGUGGGCUACAAGAAGAACACGUACACACUGUGGGUGACCCGGGAAGAGAGGGGUGCAGACGGCAAGGAAGACCCCGCCACCCCCCUCCAUUAUGAGAUGAUGGGCUACAACACACUGCUGGGGUCUCACUAUGACAAAUACCUGGUGGACUACAGGGAGUUCAGCACCCACGUGGACCCCAAAGUCUUCUCACUGCCCGAAGGAAUGACCUGUGGAGGAUUUCCUGGUCCAGGAGUGGAGCACCACAUGUUGGCCAAUCCAAUGAAAGACCUCGUCCACACGUCUGCAUCAGGCCACGCGCAGCGCAUGUUCGGCCACUUCAAGGAGAAGUUCCAGCGGCAGUAUGCCGAUGAGAGGGAGCACGAGAAGAGAGAGCACGCUUUUGUCCAUAAUCUCCGGUUUGUCCACUCCAAGAACAGAGCAGGACUGUCCUUCUCCCUGGCUCUGAACUCGCUGUCAGAUCGCACCAUGUCCGAGCUCGCUACCAUGAGGGGUAGGAGACGAGGCAAGACCCCGAACAAAGGGCUUCCGUUCCCUGCAAGCCUUUAUGAAGGGGUGCAGGUACCCGAGUCCCUCGACUGGAGGCUUUAUGGUGCUGUGACCCCAGUGAAGGACCAGGCCAUCUGCGGCUCCUGCUGGAGCUUUGCCACCACUGGAGCAGUAGAGGGCGCUCUCUUCCUGAAGACAGGCUCCCUGCAGGUCCUGUCUCAGCAGAUGCUGGUGGACUGUUCCUGGGGUUUUGGCAACAACGGCUGCGAUGGGGGAGAGGAGUGGAGAGCUUAUGAGUGGAUCAUGAAGCACGGAGGCAUCGCCACCACAGAAACCUAUGGAGCCUACAUGGGAAUGAAUGGCCUGUGCCAUGUGAACGCGUCCCAGCUCACUGCACAUAUCAAGAGCUACACCAACGUCACCUCAGGCGACGCAGAUGCCCUCAAGCUGGCACUCUUUAAAAACGGCCCAGCGGCGGUCAGUAUCGACGCCUCACAUCGCUCAUUUGUCUUCUACAGCCAUGGCGUCUACUACGAGCCUGCUUGUGGUAAUACCACUGAUUCCUUGGACCAUGCUGUGCUUGCAGUGGGCUAUGGCACCCUGAAUGGAGAGCCAUACUGGUUGAUUAAGAACUCAUGGUCCACCUACUGGGGAAAUGACGGCUACAUCCUCAUGUCUAUGAAGGAUAACAACUGUGGUGUCACCACUGAUGCUACAUAUGUCACACUGGCAUAGGCAUGUCUGUGCCCUGUACAUAAAACUGGAUGUUCAUCAUGUUCACUUCCUAAUAAUGCCACUAUGUGAGAGUGAAUAAUGGUUAAUAAUGGGGUGAUUAUAGUGGGGGUGUGUGUGUGUGUGUGUGUGUGUGUGUGUGUGUGUGUGUGUGUGUGUGUGUGUGUGUGUGUGUGUGUGUGUGUGUGUGUGUGUGUGUGUGUGUGUGUGUGUGUGUGUGUGUGUGU